GUGUUCAAUAAAUAUUUCUCUUCUUACUUCUCACUGAGCUUGGAACUCCACAAUCUAUGGAUCUAAUCUGUUUCUUCAUUGCUCAUUUAUUCAUAUCAGGUGUUGUUUCAACAACUUUUUCAGUAACAAACAAGUGCAACUACACGAUAUGGCCAGGGUUUCUGGCAAAUGAAGAUGAUCCUCCUGCAUCUAUCUCUAGCUUCUCCCUUCAAAGGGGACAGUCAAAAACCAUAUCAGCACCAGUUUCCUGGGGUUAUCCUUUUUGGGGCCAUACGUAUUGCACUGAAGAAUCCACAGGAAAUUUCUCCUGCAUCACAGGUGAUUGUGGUUCUGGCAAACUAGAAUGUUCAGGAAACGGCACGGCUACUUCUGCCAUAUUGCCAGAGUUCAAGCUUGUUGGUUCUGGAUGCGUGGCGGAUUCGAACGUAGCAUAUUCUUCAGAGCUCAAGGUUAAUAGUUCCGGUAGGGAGAUCGAUGCGUGCAAGUGUGUGUGCAAAGCAUUUGGAUCACCACACUACUGUGCAUCAGUCAAUUACCAAAUUAUUUUCUGCGCAGCAAAAACUACUACUCCAAGAAGACGUUCGGCAUCCGAGUCCACCACAACCUCCACAACAGUUUCAGCAAAUGCUACUGCAAAUGGCGCUAAUUCGACGUCCGAGUCCAUCGCAACCAGCCCCACAUCUUCAGUGAAAGCUUCUGCAAAAGGCUCCAAUGCAUCGAGCAGUGCAAAAGUAACUACAACUAGCGUAACGGUGAAAACGCUAAGCCCCAUGGCAUUCCCUCCAAGCCCUUUGCCAGAUGAGAAAACACCAAGCCCUAUGCCAUCCCCUCCAAGCCCUUUGCCAGAUGAGAAAACACCAAGCCCUAUGCCAUUCCCUCCAAGCCCUUUGCCAGAUGAGAAAACACCAAGCCCUUUGCCAAAAACAAGGCCUAAUACUACUUCAAGAAGACGCUUGGCACCGAUUAUAGCAGGAGUAAUAGGUGGUGCUCUUCUCAUCAUUUUCCUCAUAGUGAUUCUUAUUUUGAGGGCGAGGUGGUGGGAGGAAUCUGAGAAAAAUGAGGAUUUGGAAGCUGAUGAUAUAAGGCAAGUCCCAGGAACGCCUGUGAGGUUUUCAUAUGAAGGUCUUCGUGUUGCAACUCAUGAUUUCAGGGAAACACUUGGAAAAGGAGGUUCCGGAUCUGUGUUCAAAGGAGUACUGCUAGAUGGGACUCAUGUUGCUGUGAAGAAGUUGGACAAAUUAGGCCAAGAUAUGAGUUCAUUUCUAGCAGAAGUUGAGGCAAUUGGAAGCAUCAACCAUUUUAAUUUGGUGAGAUUGAUAGGAUUUUGUGCAGAGAAAUCAUCUGGGCUUUUGGUUUUCGAGUAUAUGAACAAAGGAUCCCUGGAUAAAUGGAUUUUCAAGAAUGACCAAGGAUCUUGCCUCGAUUGGCAGACCCGAAAUAAGGUUGUACAUGGCAUAGCAAAAGGGCUGGCUUAUCUUCAUGAAGACUGCCAGAAGAAAAUAAUACAUUUCGAUAUAAAACCACUGAACAUUCUCUUGGAUGCAAAUUUCAAUGCCAAGAUUUGUGAUUUUGGGUUAUCUGAGCUAGUUGAUAGAGAUACGAGCCAAGUUCAAACCCGAACCAGAGGAACCAUUGGAUAUAUUGCUCCAGAAUGUUGUAAAAUACCACCAGGUCGCAUCACAGUAAAAGUUGACGUAUACAGUUUCGGAAUUGUUCUCCUGGAAAUAGUUUGUGCACGCAGAAAUUUUGAUCACACACAACCAGAAUCUGAAAAUCAUUUGCUUAGGAUGUUACAGAAGAAAGCUGAACAAGACAGGCUCAUAGACAUUGUGGAGAAUUUGGAUGAUCAGUACAUGCAGAGUGAUAGAGAGGAAAUAACCAGGAUGAUAAAGAUUGCUGCUUGGUGUUUGCAAGAUGACCCGGAAAGAAGGCCUCUCAUGUCAGCAGUUGUGAAGGUGUUGGAGGGUGUAAUGGAGGUAGAAUCAAACCUCGUUUAUAAGUUUCAUCAUGCAUUGAUAACUCCUGCUGUUAAUCACCAUACAUCUCCACAGCCACAAGCAUCUGUUCUUUCUUAUCCCAGAUGAUGUAGCAGUGUAUCUCUCUUUUGACAGAAAUAAAAUUUAUCAAGCCUGUCAACAUUUGUAUUGUUUUUCCAUGUUAUCCUAAACUAAGCACAGCUGUUUUUUGAGUGUUCAUGCUUAUUUCUCAUAAUAAAGAUUGUAGAGUUGUUUGAAA